UACAGACCAAUCUUCACCCUCUGCCACGCCAUCACCGGCCCGACUGCCGCCGACCGCGCGCACGACAUCGCCCGCGACACCGACCUCCACUGGGUAGCCCACGAACGCAACCCAGCCUCGCACUACAUCUACGCCCUCGACCCGACCACCGGCCGCGUCGCCGGGGGCUGCGAAUGGACCUUUCACCACACGAACCCGUUCCCCGAGGGCGUGGUCCGCGUCCCGUGCACCUGGUACCCCGAGGGAUCGGAGGUUGCAGAGUUCGCAUCCCACGUAUUGACGCAGUGUCUGUUGCCGCGGCGGGCUUGGUUUCGACGGGCGCAUGCGGGGGUCAAUCGAAUGGGCGUGCACCCGGACUACCGUCGUCAGGGAGUGGGACGGAUGCUGAUGCAGUGGGGCCAUGAGCGAAUUGACGCGUGGGGGUAUGAGUGUUUCAUCGAGUCCGGGGCGAUGGGAAGGUGGCUGUACGAGGAGUGCGGGUAUCGGAGGGUGAUGGCGUUGGCGCUGGAUUGUCACCGGAAGAAUCCCAGUGCGGAGUGGGAGAGGCUGAUGUUUGAGUAUCGGUCGGUGGGGAUGUUGUUGCUGUGGAGGCCGCCCGGGGGAGUCUGGGAUGAGCGGGUGCCGGCUGGGCCGUGGGCGGUGACGGAGGGGACCUGGCACGAGGUCGGGGUCGAGCGUGCGGAUGAUACGAGUACGUCGAUGGAGGAUGCGCAGGUCGAAGAGGAUCUCGGACCCUGCUAG